CAGUAGAGCACUAGCGAACAGACAAGGUGCUUCAUUAAUUUCCAAAUAUGAAAACAUUCACUAGCUUGAGUUUGUUUGUGACAUUAUUUAUUGUAUCAAAGUGUGAUACUACAUCGGAGCCUACAACUACCCCACAACCGUCAGGUGGAUCUACACCAGCAGGGGGCGUCACAGUUUCCAAAUCGCCAGAAGAAAUUAGGCACAAAAUCAAAGAACAAGUUCUAGCAUUGACAGAAUCAUGUAAGACAUCAACAAAAAUUACAGCAGAGCAAGCUAAAAUAGUUUCUAACCAAGCCAUUCCAAAAACAGAAGCUGAAAAGUGCUUCUUAGAAUGCAUGUACAAUGGACUAAACAUUACAAAAGAUGGAAAAUUUAUUGAACUUUCUGCAAAAGGAUUGGCACAGCAUCGCUUUGCUAAUUCCCCUGAUGAACUUACAAAAGCUAAUAACAUGAUUGAAACUUGCACCAAAGAAGCUGUAGUUAAAGAUGCCAAUGAAAAAUGUGCUAUUGGUCGACUUGUUAGAGAAUGCUUUGUAAAGAAUGGUUCAAAGAUAAAUUUUUUCCCAAAACCAUGAUUGCAGAUUAUCCGGAGGGAAGAGGGUGGAUGGAAGUGGAAAAGGCUGAUAUAAUACCAUGAGCUGAGAUAUAAUGUACAUGUAUUUUCAAUAAAAUUUUCUUAUUUGGAUUGACUAAUAU